AUGAAAUAAUAAUUCGAAGAAGAGAGCAUUUUGGUGAACAUAGCAAUGGAGUUCACUCUCCAAUGGAGAUUUUGAAAUGUGUUGGUCUUUCUCCCUCCUCUCCAAAUCGUCUUCUUCCUUUUUCAAACCCGCUAUUUUCACAUCCUCUCUUCAGUUCACUUCCCUUCUUAGCAACUGCCGCCACCAUCUUCACCUUUAUCAAAUCCAUGGCUUCAUGUUGCACAGAGCUCUUGAUCAAGACAAUCUCUUUCUCUCCCAAUUCAUCGACGCUUGUACCUCGCUUGGCCUCUCUUCAUAUGCCUUUUCCAUCUUCUCAAACAAAACCCACCCCGAUCUUCGUCUCUACAACACCGCCAUUAAAGCUCUUUCUAAGACAUCUUCUCCCAUUAACGCCAUUUGGCUUUACACCAGGAUUCGGAUUGAUGGGCUUCGUCCGGAUUCCUACUCUAUUCCAUCUGUUUUGAAGGCUGUUGUUAAGUUAUCCGCUGUUGAAGUUGGGCGGCAGAUUCAUACCCAGACGGUUUCUUCAGCUUUGGAUAUGGAUGUGAAUGUUGCCACUUCUUUGAUUCAAAUGUAUUCUUCUUGUGGGUUUGUUUCUGAUGCUCGUAAGCUAUUUGAUUUUGUUGGUUUUAAGGAUGUGGCUUUGUGGAAUGCUAUGGUUGCUGGGUAUGUUAAAGUUGGUGAACUAAAGAGUGCACGUAAGGUGUUCAAUGAAAUGCCUCAAAGGAAUGUGAUAUCUUGGACUACUUUGAUUGCUGGAUAUGCACAGACCAAUAGGCCCCAUGAAGCGAUUGAGCUGUUUAGGAAGAUGCAGCUUGAGGAAGUGGAGCCUGAUGAAAUUGCAAUGUUGGCUGUGCUCUCUGCUUGUGCUGAUCUAGGGGCUCUUGAACUUGGGGAGUGGAUCCAUAACUAUAUUGAAAAGCAUGGUUUGUGUAGGAUUGUUUCACUGUACAAUGCUCUUAUAGAUAUGUAUGCAAAGUCAGGCAAUAUAAGAAGAGCACUGGAAGUUUUUGAGAAUAUGAAGCAGAAAAGUGUCAUAACUUGGUCCACCGUGAUUGCUGCCUUGGCUCUUCACGGGCUUGGAGGAGAAGCUAUUGAUAUGUUUCUUAGAAUGGAGAAGGCAAAAGUUAGACCGAAUGAAGUAACUUUCGUUGCAAUUCUAUCUGCCUGCAGCCAUGUUGGGAUGGUCGAUGUGGGUCGUUAUUAUUUUGAUCAAAUGCAAUCAAUGUACAAAAUUGAGCCAAAAAUUGAGCACUAUGGCUGUAUGAUUGAUCUGUUGGCUCGUGCUGGUUAUCUACAAGAAGCACAGAAACUGCUUCAUGAUAUGCCAUUUGAAGCAAAUGCCAUGAUAUGGGGGUCUCUUCUUGCUGCUUCCAAUACACAUAGAGAUGCCGAGCUUGCACAGCUGGCUUUGAAGCAUCUUGCUAAGCUGGAGCCUGGAAAUAGUGGGAAUUAUGUGCUUUUGUCUAAUACAUAUGCUGCUCUUGGUAAGUGGAAUGAAUCUGGUACGGUGAGGAAGCUGAUGAGAAAUGCAGGUGUAAAGAAGGCUCCAGGUGGAAGCGUUAUCGAAAUCAAUAACAUAGUGUAUGAAUUCCUCGCUGGAGAUAUGUCAGAUUCCCAGGUACAUGAGAUUUAUCAUGUAUUAUGCAAGAUAAUUCUGCAGUUAAAAAUGGCUGGAUCGUAUCAGGAGGAAUGGAGCUUUAAGAUAUAAUUUUUAUUCAAAAUACUUUGGAUGGGGAAUUCAGAGAAAAUGACCUCGUACGAAGAGUCAACAUGGCAAUACUGCCCAAGUUGGAGAAGGGCAAGCAAGAUUGAAGCUUCAUAAUCCAGCCAUGGUAAUCAAACUUCUUGAUCCGACCCAAGUUUUCCCGCAUUGUCAAACGAAGCAGUAACUAUUUUAUCUAUAUGUUAUUUGUUAGACUAGCUUAGCCGAAAUAAUUUGGUAUCAACAAUUAUCAUUUCAAAAGUUGAUGGUUCAAUUCUACCCCUAAUUGUUAUAAAAAAAUUCAAAAGAUCCCAUGUUUUAGACACUUGCGGGGUCAAGGAUCUCUUUUGUCAAUGCAUUAUGCAAAGGAUAUGUCGUGUGUGAGCGAGAGACUUCGUUCAUCAUUUCAUAUUUGGA